CUUGUCAGUACACAGUUUCCUGAUUUCCUCUGUUUAUUGUUGCAUAGUGCGUAAAUUAACUAUCGCAUACCUAUAACCUAUUAUUAUUAUUAUUAUAUUCAUCCUUAAAACUUAAAAGCUAACAUCUGAAGUAAACUGAUAUCUUUUCGAAUUAAGUGUUUUGAGUGGUUUCACUUUUCACACACAUCGACGACAAAAUGGCAGGUGCUACAAUGUUAGCGCGUAUGAACAAGCCGUCUGACUUCGCAUUGCAGAAAGUCGAAACGGAACACGACAGGAUUAUGGCACGCGAACAACUAAUUCUCUCUCAGGGAGAACUAUUAAAGAAAGAAGGUAAGGCCAAAGAAUUGGCCGCUUUAAUCAAGGAGACUAGGCCUUUUUUGUCAGAGAUCAGUAAGGCAAAGGCGGCAAAAUUGGUGCGAUCCCUCGUUGACCUCUUCCUGGACCUUGAAGCAGGUAUUGGGAUUGAAUUGCAACUGUGCAAGGAGUGCAUAGAAUGGGCCAAAGAAGAGCGACGAACAUUUCUCAGACAGUCCUUAGAGUCCCGAUUGAUGGCUCUGUACUUUGAUUCUGGAAUGUUCAAAGAAGCUUUGCAACAUGGCUCUGUAUUGUUAAAAGAAUUGAAAAAAUUGGAUGAUAAAAAUUUGUUGGUUGAUGUUUUAUUGUUGGAGAGCAAAGCUUAUCAUGCUUUAAAUAAUUUGUCCAAGGCUAGAGCUUCUCUAACUUCUGCCAGAACAACUGCAAAUUCGAUUUAUUGUCCACCUAAAAUGCAGGCUUCUCUUGACUUGCAAUCAGGAAUCUUACACGCAGCUGACGAGCAAGACUUUAAAACUGCAUAUUCUUAUUUCUAUGAAGCCUUUGAAGGGUUUGAUAGCGUAGACAGUACAUCUAAAGCACUUAAGGCUUUGAAGUACAUGCUUUUGUCAAAGAUUAUGUUAAAUAACGCAGAAGAUGUGCAACAGAUUGUAAGUGGCAAAUUAGCAUUAAAAUAUACAGGUCGUGAUGUAGAAGCAAUGAAGAGCAUAGCAAAAGCUAGUCAUAAAAGGUCUUUAGCAGAUUUUCAAAUUGGUUUAAAUGAAUAUAAAAAAGAAUUGGAAGAAGAUCCAAUCGUUAGAGCACAUUUAGAUACACUUUAUGGAAAUAUGUUGGAACAAAAUUUGUGUAGAAUCAUAGAACCAUACUCGAGAGUACAAGUUGAGUAUGUUGCUAAAUCAAUUAAUUUACCAAUGGAAAAUGUUGAACGAAAACUUUCACAGAUGAUAUUGGACAAGAAGUUUCAUGGUAUUUUAGACCAGGGUGAAGGCAUUCUUAUAGUAUUUGAAGAAGCGGAAAUCGAUGAAACUUAUGAAUUAGUUUUAGAUAAUAUUAAUAGUAUGAGCAAAGUUGUUGAUACAUUGUAUCAGACUGCUAAAAAAUUAACAUAAAAAGUGAACUAACAAAUUAUAUCAAAAAAUUAAAAAUUCUUUGUAUUCUGAGUACAUAAU